GGAAUCGGAAGUCAGUGGAGGGAAACGGAACUGUGGAGCCCGCUGAUUUGACGGCAAGAUGAGCGUCCCUAGUCUCCUCAUGGCGGGAGGGAGGUGGAGAUGUUUUCCAGUUCCGUUAGGGUCGUCCUUGUUCCAGGCCCUACAGAAUUCGUGCUGUCGGAAGAAAUCCACUGCCCUUAAGAAAACUAGUCCCACUGUUGCUUUUUGUGAUGAAAAUACGAAGGAGUCUGGAAGUGCACUUGACAAGCUCUUCUCUUCAGAGCAGCAGGCUUCCAUCUUGCAUGUGUUGAAUACAGCAUCUGAUAAAGAACUUGAAGCUUUCAAAUUGCUUCGAGGAAGAAAGUCCACCAAUAUUGUAGAGCACAGAGAAAAGUUUGGGCCUUUCCACAAUUUGGAGAGUUUAAUGAAUGUGCCCUUGUUCCGGUAUAAAACCACAGUUCAAGUUUGUAACAAUAUUCUUUGCCCAGAGACUGGAGGGAAAAAAGGAAAGUUACAGGAAAACCGGCUCUUGAGGAAGCUCAUCAAACCAGAGAUAGGAAGAGAGCGACUUAAGGCAGUUAAUAGCAUCGUAUCCAUUGUUUUUGGUACUCGAAGAAUUGCCUGGGCUCACCUUGAUCGUAAAUUGGCAGUGCUGGACUGGCAGCAAAAUGAAUGUUGCCGACUGACGAAAGGAACAUACCUAUCAUCUGUCUAUUUAAAAGAGAUUUCUUCAGUCAUUUCAAAGAUACCUGAAGCUGACUUCUAUGUUCUGGAAAAAACAGGACUUUCAAUUCAGAACUCAUCUCUGUUUCCUAUACUGUUACAUUUUCAUAUCAUGGAAGCCAUGCUGUAUGCCUUAUUAAAUAAAACUUUUGCCCAGGAUGGCCAGCAUCAGGUGCUGAGCAUGAACCGGAAUGCAGUGGGGAAGCACUUUGAACUGAUGAUCGGUGACACACGGACUAGCGGAAAAGAACUAGUGAAGCAGUUCCUCUCCGAGUCUGUCCUGAAGGAAGAGCCUCGGGUGUUCUUCCCGUCAGAUAAGAUAGUCCACUACAGACAGAUGUUUUCAUCUACUGAACAAUACAGAGUAGAAGAGUUGUAUGAUUCAUUAUUACAAGCUGUUGCCUUCUAUGAAUUAGCAGUUUUUGACACUGAACCUUAAAAUUCUGAGGGUAAUAUAUUACCUGCUGUAAUGUUAUAUUAAUUUAUAUUUAUUAGCUCUAAAGUUGUAAAAUCAACUGUUUUGAACAUCCAUGUUAACGGAGAAGAAAACAUGUCUGAGUGUAAAUACAUCUAUUUAGAUGUUUAAAGUCAGACUUUUGGCUGUUGAAUGGUUUACACAAUAAUAAGCCAAGGCCAAAUCAAUAAAUAUGAGAUUCUUUGCCUUUUAGGUUUAAGUGUUAAACAAUAAGAUGCCCCCUAAACAGCCAAAAUGAAAAACAAAGUUAUCUCCCCUUAAAAGCAAAUACUAUCUACAGUAAAGGAUUUGCAUUUUUAUCAUAUUGUUAAAAUAGGGAAUAAUGAUUUUUCUGGGUGGUGCUCAUCCUGGGAAUAAAGCUAAAUAUGACUGAUAAC